AUGAAUGAGUCGAGCUCGGCGGUUUGUGGCAAUAAAACACAAGAAUUUGGGCUAACAAACAUGAUCGCUCAGGCGAGUUUUGUUAUAUUCAUCCUCAUUCUUGAUGUAUGCGGUAACUGUCUGGUGAUCGGAGCAAUUCUACGCCAUCGUCGGCUUCGCACUAUCACAAACUAUUUCAUCAUUUCGUUGGCCGUGUCGGAUCUCCUCAUCGCGAUGUUGUCGAUGCCGUUUCGCAUCCAUCACACUCUGAAUUCUCUGUGCUGGGAUCUCGGUAUCACAGUUUGUAAAGUCUGGGUGUUCGCAGAUCUUCUCUGCUCCUGUGCUUCGAUCACGAAUUUGAGUCUGAUUUCAAUUGAUCGCAUUCUAGCGCUUUCUUUUCCUCUGAGUUACAGGGACAUCAUGACUAAGCGUAGAGGGGUUGGCGCAAUUGCGUUCGUGUGGGGAUAUUCCGGAGUUAUCGCCGCACUCUCGUUCAUAAACUGGUCCCCAGGCGCUGGGACAAUAGCGAAAGUAGAGUGCGUGAAAUUUGACAAAUACUACUAUGUUUUUGCCAUAACUGCAGGCUUUUUUCUGCCUCUGAUAAUUCUCGUCAUCAACUACUCAAUGGUGUUCAGAGUCGCAUUUACGCAUGCUAAAAAGCUUCAGCUUCUAACCUCAAGCGCAAUGGAACCCGCCGAAUUAUCUGAAACUGAUGUCAGCCGUGAUCCGCGGCCAAGCUUAGUCAGCAUCGGACGUACGGAACGCAAACGGCGGAAAUCGAUUGUGCGUGAGUUAAAGGCCACCAAGACACUUGCGAUUGUGAUCGGGACUUUUAUUGUGUGUUGGCUCCCAUUCUUCAUCAUAAUGUUUGUGGUACAAUUUUGCCCGAACUGCCUCGAUAAUAUUCACUCAUACGGAAGACAAUUUGUCGCGAUAGUAUUCGCGUGGGUUCUGCCGUUACUUAACUCUGCUGUAAAUCCCAUUAUCUACUCGAGUUUCAACAGCGAUUUUAGAACUGCCUUCAAGGAUAUCUUCCUUCAUGCGUGUACUAUACGCAGAUGGGACAGGUCUGGACAUAGGUCCUCUGCGGGCGAUGAAGACAUUUCUGUCGUGACUUUUUUUCAGAGCGAGUGUCAAAACGGUACGAAACCGAAAAUAAUAAUUCAAGAAGCAAACUCGGCCUCCGAAGAAGGCGAUUCCGUUUAA